CCCUCCACUACCACGUUCCUUCCUUCAUUAUAUAAUAUUUAUGUGUGUAUAUAUGUAAUUCUCUCUCUUCUGUAUAUAUAUGUAUGUACAUACAUAUAUAAAUAAUCUAAUUGGAAUCUUCACCAGUUGUAAUCAUCUUUGUGCAGAUAAGAUUGGUGGUUGAGUCAUUUUCUUUUUUUCUUUUCCUUUGAAGAUUACAGAUUCAAAGGUGUUGGAUUGAUUUUUAAUGCUAUAGAGCAUUUUUCGGUUUACAUUUCACUGCAUAAAAAUGGGGUCUGAAGGGCCUCCGGCAGUAACAAUUCAUGUGACAGGGUUCAAGAAAUUCCAUGGAGUUCCAGAGAACCCAACAGAGACAAUUGUCACUGGUAUCAAAGAGUACUUGAAGAAGAAUGGUUUUCCCAAAGGUCUAAUUCUUGGGAGCUGCAGCAUUCUUGAGACUGCAGGACAAGGUGCACUCGAUUCCCUAAACAAGACCUUGCAAUCUUCAAUCAGUGCUAAGGAUUCCGAAUCUUCGAAUUCGGGGAGAGUUAUUUGGGUGCACUUUGGAGUUAACAGUGGUGCAACAAGGUUUGCUAUUGAGCAUCAAGCUGUCAAUGAAGCUACUUUCCGUUGUCCUGACGAGAUGGGUUGGAAACCUCAGAAAGUGCCGAUAAUUCCCUUAGAUGGUGGAAUUUCAAACAAACGAGAGACUUCUCUUCCAGUUGAGGAGGUAACCAAUGCCUUGGUAACUAAGGGUUACGAGGUGAUGACUUCAGAUGACGCUGGGCGUUUUGUAUGCAACUACGUUUACUAUCAUUCGCUCUGGUUUUCUGAGCAGAACAAAACGAAAUCACUGUUUGUGCAUGUCCCACUCUUCUCCACUAUCGACGAGGAGACCCAGAUGCGAUUUGCUGCUUCUUUGUUAGAGGUACUUGCUACUUUAUACUAGUAGUAUCCUGAUAUCGUCCAACUGCUCAUACUUGGUUGCAUGAACACUUCCAUGUUUGUAAAAAGGUGGAUGGAUAUGCUUGUUAAUGUUAAUUGAUAUGCUUUAAAAAUCAAUAAACUGUGUAUUUCAAGGGAAAAGAAAAUGUGUCCACGAAACUUGCAUAUAAUGCAUUUUUCGUAAAUGUUAUAAAAUGGUUUUCGGCAACUUGCCGAGUUUGCUAAGGUUUAGGCUUAUCUCUAUUUUAUUUGUCUGUGAAUGACUAACCAGGCAGCAGCACACUUUGUUAUUCUCUUCUCCGUUUGCGUAGUGCCUUUUGUGAAUAAAAAGAUCAAGGUCUCACUUUCA